CUGUCUCCCCUGCAUCCCCUCUCCCCAUGCACACCCACACACAUGCAAGCACACAGAAUCUGGGCCACGGACAGACUGUCUGAUCCAGGAGGGAGGGUGGCUGGGGAAGGCUGGGAAUGACUGGAGGAAGUCUGAGGCUGGGAGGCACAGUCCAGUCUGGGGUUCAGCCCCCUGGAAGCAGGCGCCUCAGGCCUGGGGCCAACGUGGGGCCUUGGAGCAGGGAGGCCCAAGUCCGGGACCCUCAGAGCCCCCCCUCCCCUUCUGGUCGGGAAGUUUCAGCAGGAAAUCGGACUGCCCGGGGCAGCUGGCACCGCCACCCGAGCCGCCCCCAAGCUGGCAGGAGCAAAGUAACCACCACUGCCAGCCUGGUAACUAACCCGCGCGGACUCAGCAGAAGCCAGCUGGGCGCUGCUUGGCCCGGAGCCCACCCGGAGCUGCCCAGCUCCGAGCCUGGGCACCCCCGCAGUCCUGGCUUUGGGCCGGGUCGGGCACGGAAACUGAGCAGCCCCGGGGGGGCAGGAGCCGGAACUCCCCCCCUCCCCUCCGGCCUCAUAGUCCCAUUUCCCACCCUCAGGAGGCCAGGGGAGGCCAGGGCUGUUCUCGGCCUCUCGCCCUCCUCCUCCUCUCCUUCCUCCUCCCCAGCCACGCCCUCUGCCUCAGUACCCCUCCCCACUUUUCUCUGCAGCCUUGGGGCCGCCCCCUUUCCCCGCCGCCAAGCCUGGUCUUUCCCGGAGAGGACCCAAAGGACUCACCUACCCCCACCCCUUCACUUCAUAAAUCGAUUCUCCAUCCAAGGGGCGCAGGGCGCUUCCGGGAAACAGAUCAGCUUACUUUUUAAUUGAGCCCUUGGGAUUUUUCAAGUAUAUCCUCAUAUCUCUGGCCACCUGACAUUGGGACAUAUGCAGAUUUCCUCAGAAUGAUUUUUCUGAUGUUGAAC